UGGGCCCUAAGUCGAGAGAAGUCCUGCAGGCCGGGAGAAAGCGGUACUGGACGCCACUGGGGACCUGUUGCUUAAUAACGCUUUUGGGGGCUUAUUCUAGGUGUGUUUUUCUGCUAGCUUUGUUCCUGGCCUGUCACCGACUCGCCAUGGCUUCCGGUCCCACCUUGCUGAUGCGGUUGGUGGCCUCGGCCUACUCGAUUGCCCAGAAGGCAGGAGCGAUAGUCAGACGCGUCAUCGCCGAAGGAGACCUGGGCAUUGUGGAGAAGACGUGCGCCACGGACCUGCAGACCAGAGCCGACCGGCUGGCGCAGCUGAGCAUAUGCUCCUCGCUGGCCCGCAAGUUCCCCAAGCUGACCAUCAUCGGGGAAGAGGACCUGCCGUGUGAGGACGUGGACCAGGAGCUGCUUGAGGACGGCCAGUGGGAGGAGAUCCUCAGGCAGCCGUGCCCAUCACAGUACAGCGCCGUCAGAGAGGAGGACCUUGUGGUCUGGGUUGACCCCCUGGAUGGCACCAAGGAAUAUACUGAAGGUCUUCUUGACAACGUCACUGUUCUCAUCGGAAUUGCUUACGAAGGGAAAGCCAUCGCAGGCGUCAUUAACCAGCCGUAUUACAACUACCAGAACAAUGAAAAGCAGAAGUUAAGGGAACACAGGCUCGAAGUGAAGGCAGGACCGGACGCUGUGCUGGGAAGGACGAUCUGGGGCGUUUUGGGUUUAGGUGCCUUCGGGUUUCAGCUGAAAGAAGUGCCUGCCGGGAAACACAUCAUCACCACCACCCGGUCCCACAGCAACAAGCUGGUCACGGACUGCGUCGCCGCCAUGAGCCCUGACCACGUGCUGCGCGUGGGCGGCGCUGGAAAUAAGAUUAUUCAGCUGAUUGAAGGCAAAGCCUCUGCGUAUGUUUUUGCAAGUCCUGGAUGUAAGAAGUGGGAUACUUGUGCUCCGGAAGUUAUUUUACAUGCCGUGGGAGGCAAGUUAACCGACAUCCACGGCAACGCCCUUCAGUACAACAGGGAAGUGAAGCACAUGAACUCCGCCGGGGUCCUGGCCACUCUGAGGAACCACGACUACUACGCAAGUCGAGUUCCCGAAUCCGUUAGAAACGCACUCGUUCCUUAGAGGAACGUCGCGUUUCCUUAGCUGGAGAAGGACAGCUGCAGGGAGAGGAGAGAUGGGGGAGGACGACUGUGUUCCUGAGGUCUCGGCCCUGCUCCGGAAAUCACUGCGGUUGGUCCUGACACUGAGGAGAUGCCGAAGCUCUUGGACUUUGUGCAGCCUGCCCAACCUGCAGGUCACUUGGCCUGCAGUUGGGGUGAAUUUCAGAACACCACGUGGAGCCAUUGGAAUCUUUCUCCGGUGGUAUGAUGUUAUCCAUAAACCUCAGGCAACCAAAAAAAAAAAAAAAAAAAAGGCACUCAUUCUUGAAAGGAACAUCCCAUUUACUUAGCCAGGAGAAGGACUUGGUUCUCAAAGUAACACGGUUUAAAACGAAGUGAAUGGAAUGAGAGCUCCCCUCUACUUUCUUCCAUGUUGAUCACUGAUUUAUCUUCAGGUGCUUAGAAGUAGAAAACAGAUCUUAAAAAAGUGUGAUUAAUUAACUAGACCAGUUUGGACAUCUGGGGAAUCUAUAGUCUGUCAUAUUUCUUCUCCUCCCUUUAUUUGGAGAAAUGAAAGAAAGGUUUUGUUCCAACUCACUAUCCCAGUCAAUUGUUGAAUCAACAUUCCUAUUGUAUAAACCAGAUUUCUUUAGGGCACAGAAGCACAAGUUGUUAAUCUCAUCCUUGUUUUCACAGUAAUUUUUAAAAUUUUCAAGGUAUGAACAAACUGAAAUGUCAUUAUGUAUGUUGAUGAAACAGAUUUAUGGAAGAAGCUUCUUUAUAAUAAAUUAUUUCAUUCUA